AUGGUCAUUGAGACAAACAGAAAUGCCAGUAAAAUAUUGCAAGAAACCAGAUUGAGCCGCAGUAGCAGACUUAAAAAAUGGACUCCCACAGAUGAGAUAGAAAUGAGAAAGUUCAUUGGUAUCCUCAUAUGGAUGGGUUUGGCAAAUCAUCCCCGUAUCACAGACUAUUGGUCUGGCAACAUUUUGUACAAGAACUCGGUUGCUUGUAAAGUUAUGAGCAGGAACCGUUUUCAGCUGAUGCUCCUCUUUUCGCAUUUUAACGACCAUGCUGAAGAAGGACGUAGUGGGCGUAGUUCAAAGAUUUUACCCCUUGUAUCAAGCAUGAACGAGAUUUUUUUGAACAAAAAAUCUGCUGGCCAAGACUUUGUAAUAGACGAGACCAUGAUUCCCUACAGGAGGCGACUGUCAUUACGACAGUAUAUACCGAACAAAGCUCACAAAUAUGGGCUAAAGAUUUUCAAUCCAUGUGGUCAGCUUGGGUGUACCUAUUGUAUAAAAGUGUACAUGGGUAAAGGGACAAUUCACAAUGAAAAUAAUGAACUAGUUUCAACCUUAGUGGUCAUGAAGCUCAUGGAAAAUCACUUGGAUAAGGGACAAAUCUUAUACGUCGACAACAACUACACAUCAGGGCAACUUAACAAAAAUCUUUUAGCCAGAAGAACCCACCUGGUGGGUACUGUAAGGGCAAACAGGAAAGGUCUCCCUGUCGAAGUUAUGAAAGCACAAAUAAAAAAGGAGAAAUGA